AUGGCCCCUCUCCUCCUCCUCCUCGUCCUCAUCCUUCCGAUCCUCGUCCUCCUCCACCACCUCUACUACCGCAUCCGCUACCGCCUCCCACCGGGCCCGAAGCCAUUACCCGUGGUGGGGAACCUCUAUGAGGUGAACGGCACGGUCCGGUUCAGGCGGUUCGCGGAGUGGGCGGAGACGUACGGGCCCAUAAUCUCGGUGUGGAUGGGGUCGACACUUAACGUGGUAGUGUCGAACCACGAGCUAGCGAGGGAGGUCCUGAAGGAGAAGGACCAACACCUAGCGGACCGGUUCCGGGACCGGUCCACGGCCCUGUUCAGCCGGGACGGACAGGAUCUGAUAUGGGCCGACUACGGGGCCCACUACGUGAAGGUGAGGAAAGUGUGCAUGGUUGAGCUUUUUUCGCCAAAGAGGCUCGAGGCUUUGAGGCCCAUUCGUGAGGAUGAAGUCACCGCCAUGGUUCACUCCAUUUACAACGACUGCACUGCUCAAGGGGAGGCGUUGACACUGAGGAAGUAUUUGGGAACCGUUGCGUUCAACAACAUCACUCGACUUGCAUAUGGGAAACGCUUCAUUAAUUCUCAAGGGGUAAUAGACAAGCAAGGCGAACAACUCCGAUCCAUCUUCUCCGAAGGCAUGAAAAUCGUGGCUCCCUUAGACACCCUCGAGCACAUCCCCUGGCUCCGUUGGAUGUUCCCUCUCAACGAGAAAGCCUUCGCCAAAAACGAGGCGCGCCGCAACCGCUUCACCCACGAGAUCAUGGAGGAGCACGCCCGGGCCAGCCAUACCCCCGGCGGGAAAACCCAGCAGCACUUCUGCGACGCUCUGGUCGCCCUCAAAGAUAAAUACGACUUGAGCAACGACACCAUCGUGGUGCUCCUCUGGGACAUGAUCACCGCGGGGAAGGAUGCGAUCGCCAUAUCGGUGGAGUGGGCCAUGGCAGAGCUGGUCCGGAACCCGAGGGUCCUGGCGAAGGCCCGGGAGGAGCUGGACCGGGUCGUGGGGGGUGAGCGCGUGAUGAGCGAGGAAGACUUUUCGAGGCUCCCUUACUUGCAGUGUGUGGUGAAGGAGGCGUUGAGGCUGCAUCCCCCAACGCCUCUGAUGCUACCCCACAGGGCCGGGGCCCAUGUCAGGGUUGGCGGGUACGACCUCCCUAAGGGGACGGUCGUGCAUGUCAAUGUCUGGGCCGUGGCACGGGACCCGGAGGUGUGGGAGAACCCGUUGGAGUUUAGGCCGGAGAGGUUCUUGGAGAGCGAUGUUGAUAUGAAGGGGCACGACUUUCGUCUCCUCCCGUUUGGGGCGGGGAGGAGAGUGUGCCCCGGAGCGCAGCUCGGGAUCUACUUGGUGGCAUCCAUGGUAGGGAAUCUGGUGCACCAUUUCGAGUGGGAGAGUAAAGCAGAGAUUGACAUGAGGGAGAAUCCUGGGAUUGUUACCUACAUGAAGACUCCAUUGGAGGCUGUUGCUACUCCUAGAUUACCUGACAUUCUCUACAAACGCAUCCCUGCGCCAAUUUGAUUUCCUACUGAGCUAUGUUAUGUUAUGGAUGGUGAAUGAAGAAAUAAUUUAAAGACCUUGUGAAGAGGGACACGUGAAUUAAUUUUGUAAUUUCACAUUUUGUUAUCCACUCUAAGUUAAACUGGAUAUUAACUAGUAGGAU